AGGUACAAUAUUCCGUAACAAUGAAGAGUGCACGAUACAUAUUACCAUUACUCAUUGGUAUUUAUAACAUAUUGUUAGCAACGUCUGAAAGACCACCUUGGGUCUUUCUCAACUACAACUUGGUUGGUGAAAGUUAUGAUUACGUUCACGGUAAUCAAAAUCAAAAUCCCGUACAGCAAGGAUACGAGGAAGAUCUUGCCAUUGAAAGCCCAUCAUGGAAUCACACUACACCUCCCGUCAUUGGCAUUUAAUCGAUCUGUUGUGGUUAACGUUCCUAGAAGUGCUAUGCCGAAGAAUCAUGGCCAAUUUAUCAGCUAUAUUGGUUUACGAACGAGAAUAUUAUGCACACUCUGAUAUUUGUUGUUGAAUAAAAUUGAAAUCUAA